CCAGAGCCUGGGGCCAGCUGUAUGACCUUGCGGUGUUUGUAAACAUACACACGUUGUCUUGAGAGUGUCCAGAAGAUUUGUAGCGAUUUGCGCGAGUGGAAUAUUUUCGAAAUCCAAAGAAUUUGGUGCAGUACACAACGACAAUGGAGGUGGAGCGUAUGUGCAUUGAGGACAAUGAAAUGGAGGGAUCCCGUGGUGACCGUAAAGAAGGGGGCAAGCGAGGACGCAAGCCCGGAAGGAAGGCGUCCGAUAAGGCGGACAUGAAAGCCAAGCUCGAACGCAGUCGGCAGAGCGCGAGGGAGUGCCGUGCGCGAAAGAAAUUACGCUAUCAGUAUCUGGAAGAGCUGGUGGCCGACAGGGAAAAGGCAGUGCUCGCACUUCGGAAGGAGCUCGAUAUGUAUCGACAGUGGGGACUGGAAUUGGACGCUGGUCAUGUGCCCGAAGGACUUCAGACCAUGCUGGAAGAGUUUGGCGCUCUUAAACAAGAAAAGAACAACAAUUAGGGACUAGAAGGAACGGCCAAGAGCGUCUGGGCUUUCAAGCUGUUUGGAUCGUUCGAUAUAUUUUUUUAUACAACCCACUUUUCCACAUCACGUCACUGUCGAAACUUGUUCCUUGGUACCUUGCGAUACUUGGAACUUGUUCAAAACUCUCUUGGAAUGCUCUUGUAAUUUCAAAUCUUUCGAUACUUCAAAUACCGUAUCACGAGCUUUUAAUCUUAUCUUGGAAAUACCUUUUAAGUUGAUCAUCUCCAACUUUUACGCGGUGCAAGACUGUUUCUCGAUAGAAAAAUAUCUAAGCGCACUUCGUUGACCAAGAGUUUUCUCCUUCUUCUCUUCUCUUACUUUCUUACUGUCACUCACGCUACCCUUCAAGUAUUUUAUAAAAAAAAAAAUUAUUCGUAAUUUAAUUCGUUGCAAAUUUAUAUAUAGUAGGUUACACCAUCUGUAUUUUGUUAAUGCAAUUCGUUAAGUUAAACUUAUACGUUAAUGUUUUGUCCGUUAGAUUUGCAUUAGUUCAAACUCAGUUGAUUAUCUCAAGAUAUGUAUAAAUAACAAUCAUUAUUACAUAAAAAGUGUAUUUCUUGUUGCGAAGUUGAAGGGCCGGCUCGGCUAUUGUAACAUAUGUGUGUAUAUAUGCAGAAUAAAAUAUUAUCUACGCGGGAA